AGAGCCAGUCCUUAUAAUAUAUAACACACCACGUUUUGUAACGGUCAACAUUUUAGUUGCAUCAAGACUGUGGAAGCGAAUUGUUGUAAAUAUUAUUACAAAUUGUGCGAUAAAAAGCAAAGCAAACCAAGCGAAUCUGCACUAUAUUAUUGUUGUUUUGAACAUCUAAAGUUUCGAGAAAGUGUUUUUUCUGUAAAUUUUUAUUUUCAGGCGGGAAAAAAUCAUUGAAAUAAUGUUCCCUAAAAAUAUUAAGGAAAGUGGUCAUCUUUACAAGAAGUGUGCGCAACUCGAUGCGAAAUUUGAAAAAGAGUGGGCAGAGAAUCUCGCCGGAUGCAGUAGCCAAUCUACUAGCUGUAAUCUAGUAGCUAUAAUUAUGCUUUUAGUUUAAGUUUAAGUUUAGUUUUUAAGUCAAUUUUUUGUUAAACCUAUAGGGCGGACAAUUCAAAUAAACAAAUAACAAUCUGCAGUUGUGCAAUCCGCAGAAGGUAAUGUUUUAAUAUGUUAUUAAACAUUUGUUUUAAAUGAUACAUUAAUACCCAAAACUAAUGUUUUAGGUGAAGAUGUUUCCAUGGAUGACCUCUCCAGCGAACUAGUAGCCGAAUAUAUCGAAGAGGAAUAUUUGGAGGAAACCGACAGUAACAGCGAUGAAGUGUCCGGCUUCCUUAAUGACGACAGUGACGAGGAAGAAAUUUUGGAGGAAGAAAUAACGGAAAUUAAUCCCGAAAGCUCGAAGCUACGAGCCGCUUUGCGAAUUUGGUUCAUUCGCAAUAACGUUUUUCGUAGUGGAAGCAAUAAUUUGUUAUCAAUACUGCGAAAUGUAUCUUCUCUUUCCGCUUUUUCAUCUCUUCCGCAGGAUGUAAGGACAUUCCUGAAAGCUUCGGUCAAUAUAAGUCAACAGAUUGUUGCAGUUCCAGGAGGAGGUCAAAUGUGGUGCCAGGGAGUUGAAUGUUGUUUGCAGCAUUAUUUCCGUGAUACGUUCGUAGCAGAGGAAGCAUUCGAGCUAAACCUUUCCACGGACGGAAUUCCUAUUUACAACCGCAGCCCUAUACAGAUGUGGCCUAUACUAAUGCAACUGCACAAUAUGCCAAGUGUUCCUGUUAUGGUUGUAGGAAUAUAUUGUGGCGCUAACAAACCAUCCGAUGCCGAAACAUUUCUAAGACCAUUAGUAACAGAGCUUAACAACCCGCAGGACAACAAUAUCAACAUUAAUGGAAAACCAAUAUCAAUCUCGGUAAGAGUAUUCAUAGCGGAUUCUCCAGCACGCGCCUUUAUUAAACAGGUUUGCUACUAUAACGGUGUUCUCGGAUGCAUUAAAUGUAAAGGAUACGGAACCUCUUUAAAAAACCCAAAAAAAGUUAUUUUCGAAGAUAUUACAGCAGAUUUACGAACCGAUGCGGAUUUCUGGAGUGAGCCAUGUAGCUCAAAAGGCCAUCGCAAAGGCGAAACACCUUUAACAGACUUAAAACAUUUUGAUAUUGUAAAGGAUGUGAGUACGAGUGACAAUUUACAUCUUGUUCAUGUUGGUAACGUAAAUAAGCUUCUGCUAGGAUGGACCGAAGGUUGUCUUACUCCCUUUAAAAAAUGGGCUAAGACUGAAAGGGAAGAAAUUUCAGAAGAGCUUAGAAGUAUGCAAUUGCCCACGGAAAUCCACAGAAAAUUUAGGUCACUAGAUACUCUACACUUUUGGAAAGCGUCUGUAGUGUACAUAGCGCCAUCUGUGUGUCAACACAGAUCUCAAACGCAGAUAAAAACGCAGAUCAAAACGCAGAUUUAAAACGCAGUUCUAACGUAGAACAAACGCACACUUAUACAUUGAUCAGGUACAGGCUAGAUAGGGAAAGAUAGGUUAGCAGAUCGGCGCGCCGAUCUGCUGAAGCACUUACGUUAUACACCUGGAACAGUGCACAAGUAAUACUUAAAUAAAGUAUCGAGUAUCGACACGAAAGCAACACGUCCGAAUUUGUGGUAUCUCAGCGGAUUUAAUGAGGCACUGAACAUCGUUUUUAAACGCACAAGAACUACACCACACACCACAACAGAGAGAAAAAACAAAAACAAAAACAAAAAAAAACUUCUUCCGAUGAAACGGAACAGAAUUUGAUAGUUUUUUACAUUAUGGAGGAAUGGUAGUUUUGCAAGAUAGAAUAGGUAGACUAGCGUAUGAACAUUUUAAAUUUUUGUAUUGCGCUGUAACUUUAUUAUCGACUUCAGCUUUUAAGGAUCACUGGGAGUAUGCAGGUACAUUAUUAAGGAAAUUUGUAAAGGAUUAUAGUGUAUUUUACAGCCGCAAUCAUCUAGUCAGUAACGUUCACCUUUUAAUUCAUGUAUACGAAGAUCUGCGCAGGUUUGGCCCAUUAAGCUCAAUUGCUACGUAUCCUUUUGAAGAUAAGCUACAGGUUAUAAAACAUAGCCACGUAGGAUCAGGCUACAGAAGUUUAGAACAAGCUAUAGGGAAAAUAACUAUGUUAAGAGACAUCUAAACUGCAGGUAGUCGUGAAAGUAUAGUGUAUCCCAUUUUAAAAAUUAAUACAGAAGAGGUUAUCUUAGAGAUUAUAAAAGGGGUUUUACUUAGGAAUCGGUUCAAAGAUUGUUGGUUUUUAACGAAGCGAAAAAUUAUAGUUAAGUAUGCAAAAGCUUCCGAGUCAUCAGGAGCCGUCGUUGUAUACGGGUAUCCUUUGAUAAGACGUGUUCAAGCUUUUGCCACUCCCUGUAGCUCAGAUGUAGUUUUAAAUCAUGUAGGAUAUGAAAAGGACAUUUCUACUUCACUUAGAACAGUAGCUAUGCAUUACAUAAAAUGUAAAAUGGUAGCAAUUAAGACACUGCGAAACCAAUCUAAAUUGUAUUUUACUUCUUUAGUACAUACUUUAUUAGAAUAAGAUGAUAAUAGGUUAAGUAGGUUAAGUAGAUUAGGUAGGUUAAAUAGGUUAAGUAUAGAUUGUAAGCAACCGAGCAGACCC